AUGGGUUUCAUUCGUGUACCUAGCUUCUCGCUGCGGUAUCAGGGAAGCGGCCGAAUUGAGGAUAUUCACCUCUUCAUGACAUGUCUGUAUCAACUCUGGUACCACAGAGGGCCAUGGAACUGCUGUUUGGCCUCCUUAGUGGACUUCCUCAAUAGUCUUGUUUUGUUUUGUGUGGUUUUUUUUCUCGCACUAAUGUUUGAUUGGCCUACUGCGCUUAACUGCGAUGAGGUGAGCUGCGGUCACGUGACGCUAGUGCACGGCGUGCGGCGGCCGACGAUUUUUGGUACGAAUCACAUGGUGCUGGCAUUAAUCUUGCUACUGUCUUCAUCUGUGGCUGCUGUCUACGAAUUAUUAAGGUUUGUGGAGACGUGUAGGCUUCAGAGCGAGCUCUACGGCAUGCUACGUGGCCUUGUUGACUGCGGCUACAUCACACCCGUGCAUCGUCUGCUGCAUAGGUGGCGAAGCAUGUGUGCACGCGUCGAGGGACACGAAGAAAUUGGCCUCACUGGUGGCCUUCAAUUUGUAGGAGACCUGAGCUGGGGAAGCUUUUUGGAUCUCGUUUGUGAGCGGAUACAAAAAGAUCGCGACUUUGGUAUUGUGGCACACAAGGAGUUUGACAGUCUUCGUGCAGUUCAGGCGCUGAUGGUGUAUGACAACUAUUUUAUAGCGCUUCAUGAGCACGGCGUCCUUGAGAAGGGCACAUUAAAGUAUGUGGAUAAUGAUCUUCUCAAGAUUAUUAUUUGUGGAAUGUUUGAUGAAUUCAACACACUUAAGGAUGAGAAAAAUCAGGUAUCACUGGUUCGGUGGCAAGUUAUUAAGUGUCUUGUCUGUUACGUUUUACUGUAUCCUUUUGUGGUGACGCUUUCGCUGCUGCGUGUACUUAUCAAAAAUGCUGCCAUCAUGCGUUCGGAUUGGGGGAAUUACAUGGAAAUGGAUUGGAGUAAUCACGCACAGUGGAACUUUCGCCUGUACAACGAGGUUCCACAUUUUCUAUCGGCUCGAUUAUCAGCGGGGAGAAAGAUAGCGGUGGGUAUGGUCUUACAGCUACAGCCAUAUACUAAUGUUGGGCGCUUCAUCCGUAGAAUGGCCUCGAUGGUUGUCUUUGUCACGUUGUUAAUAUCAUUCAUGAAUGCACCCCUCUUCAUUUCAGGUACUAUUGGGGGAAUCUCAUUUGUUUGGUGGCUUUCCAUUGCGCUCGUGCUCUUUACUGUCUUCACGGAUAAAAUUCCUGUGCAGCGGGAGUAUAACUACACGGUGGAUCUAAGCCAGCUCAUUGUAAAUUUACACUACUGGGAGGAUGAGUGGAUGCGGUCUGGGGAACGAUUUUACACGGCGCUAACGCGGACUUUUCUGAAAAGCCGGGCUACUGUGAUUCUUGCAGAUUUGGCGCACACCUUAUUUAUGCCGGUUAUUCUCCUUGGCGUGUUAUUUGAUGGAAGCAUCGUGGAACUCGUAAAUGGGGUUUUCAACGAGACUGUGACUGUGGACGGCCUGGGUUCAGUGUCAAGAGGAUCUGCUUUUGGACUGUUGUGUGCCGGCAGCAGCGACGAUGCUGCACUAGAGUCCUGCCUCGAUGAAAAGGGUGCCAAGUCCAUUGCAAGUUUUUCCGCCAUUUACGCAGGCUGGUCGGCAAAACGGAUGCAGGCGGCAGAGGAAGUGUGUAAAACGACGGAGUCGGGCUUGCAUUCCACCGCAGCUCUGAACCGUUUGGUGAAAAACUUGCAUGAGCAGAUGAAUGUGCAGAAUCAUCCUGAUCAAAUAAGGGGCUCUGCUUGUUUUUCCUCUGCUUUUCGUUCGGCCCCUGCAAAUGAGGGAUUUCUUCAAUCAACGUUGUGGGGGCAAAGUAACGCCCACGAGAGGGAGAAAAUGUUUGUCUCACAGGUUAUGGGUAAAGUGCUUUCCGAGUUCCCGUGCUCGGACCAGCUACUGUCCGGACUUUCCUCGCACGGGGUGGUCAGAGAAGGUGUGUUAGGUGAGUCCGGUCCGUUUCAAACGGUGAAAACAUUUUACGGAUCGUCUUAUCAUAGUUCGGACCCCUAG